AUGAUUCCCACAACAGCAACACCACUCUUUGAUUCAUUGCCCAAAGAAGAUUUCAAUCAAACCACUCGGGAGUAUCUCCGAUCUAUUACUCAACAAGUAACCGGAGCGUUGAUCAAUGUUCCAUUGUGUUGCUCGGCCUUUUCCAAGAAGGAGACGACUCCUCUUGUCGGUGAUGAUGAUCAAGAGGAAGAAUUAAAUCCAACAUUCAUUCAGAAGGAACAAGAACAUAUGGAAUCUCACAAGAUGGAUGAAUGUAUCGUGUUUUAUCAAGCCUAUAAUUCAACCAUUGCAAAUUAUGCAGUUCAAAAUCAAAGAUUUGAAGGAUGUUCGGCAUUUGAUAUGAAACGAAUGACUUGGAUUAAACCAAAUUAUUUGUGGAUGAUGUAUCGGAGUGAAUUUGCCAAGGCUUGGAAUCAAACGAAUAUUUUAGCCUUGUAUAUUCAGAGAGAGUAUUUUGAGAAGGUCAUUUUGGAGAAUGCAGUGUGUUCCAUGUGUUAUCCAGAGUUGGAGAAAUACUAUGGAUCUAAGGAGAAUUGGAAAAAAUCAUGUUUAAAGCAAAAACAAAAAGUUGGGAAAUUUGUGAACGAUAUUAAGAGAAAAGAAAAAUUGAGUCAAUCGUCAAAACAUGUGUUGGAUAUUCAAGAGUUAGUGGAAGAACAAAGGAAAUUGGAAAAGGAAUAUUCAUCAUUGAUAGAUCAGGAAGAAGAACCAUCACAGAAUUUGCAAAACAAAGAUCCAAUAGUUCGCAACAUUCAAAAAUCAGCAAAAACAAGUGACAAUUCGGAAAUUUCAAACGAAAACAAACAAGAAAAUGUGGAGGAAGCAUCAUCUGAAUCCUUUGUUGGAUUUGCACGAGUUCAAUGGGAUCCAUAUCACACGCCAUCCUUUGGAAAAGUGCAUGGAGGAUUAACACGGGCCAUACAAAUUGGUUUGAAAGGGUCUUUCAUUAGUGACAUGGUCAAGUGUGGAGCCUUACGAAGAAUUGAAGAUAUUACCGAAUAUGUGAAACAACAACAUGAAAAGUAUCAGAAAAGUGGUGAUAUUACAAUUCCAGUUGAGAGAUUUAUAGAAAUACACAAUGAAAUGACAUGUAAAAAAUUGGGAAUUGUCGAAAGAAUUCUUUCACAACCAAUGACAUCAAAAAGUAACUUGGACGAUUCGAAAUAA